AUGACGCGGAGAUCCAGCUCCAGCAGCCACAGCUCCAGCAGCUACAACUCCAGCAGCUACAGCUCCAGCUGGCGAAGAUCGUCAAACGAGCAAUUGUGGAACCCCUGGGAGACAAUCGACAUCGACGCCCUCGUCUCCGUUGAUCCCCACCACAAGCUUUACGUGUCCACCUCGGGGCCCGAGCGAGCGCCAGGCUCGCCGGUCGUGCUCUUCUUCGCCGGGGGAGGCACCCCCUGCGCCGCAUACAUACGAUUCCGAAGGCUCCUGUCGUCCCACGCCCGCGUCUACUUCCACGACCGCGCGGGGUAUGGCUACUCAGAGUUGGGCCGCGGAGAUCUGGACUGCAGCAGAGGCAGCGAGAUAGUCCUGACCGCCCAGCAGGCCGCCCGGGAGCUGUACGAGCUCCUGCAGGUCCUGCGGGUCGCCCCGCCGUACGUCCUGGUCGGGCACUCGUACGGCUGCAUCUGCGCGCGGGCGUUCCUGGCCCUCGUGGAACGGGAGCAGCAGCGGGGCUCCGGGGAGCCGCUCGAGGCGGCGGUCGCGGGCAUGGUGCUGGUGGAGGCGGCGACGGAGCUCAUGUACGACCUGUUCGAGCCGUCCAUCCCGCCGCCGGUGUUCUUCGAGGUGACGCGGGGCGUCGACUUCGGGGCCGUCACGCGCACGCGCGAGCGCUCUGGGCUGACGGAGCACGAGUGGGAGCACGUCGCCGCCAUGAUCAGGCGGACGGCGGCCGCGACCGACUACGAGGACUGCAGGGUCUCGGCGCGGCGGCUCCUGAGGGAGCAGCAGCUUGCCAAUCAGGCCCUGGGGGAUAUCCCGCUUGCGGUUGUGCGUGCGGACUUCUCGCAGGAGUUUAGGUUGAUGUUUGAGGCGGGGGAGGAGAUGGGGAAUGGGACGGAGGAGGAGAGUCUGGAGUGCAGGGCGUUUCUGGGUAAAUUAAGGCUGCACGAUGACGAGCUGAGAGCGAGCCAGCUCCGUCUGUCGAGUGUGAACAGGUACAUCACGAGGUUGGAUCACGGGCAUAGUAUCCUCAUCACGGGGCCUGAGGUUGGCGUGGACGCAGUGCUCUGGGUACUGAAGCGUUGGUCCGAGGCGCAAAGUUGA